AUGGGUUUAUGGCUGACGCAGCAUGCGAUGCACUCUGCGCACGAGCGGCUCGAGCGUGAGUCACGUGAGGGCAGCGGAAUGAUUUCACAGCCACCUGACCGAAGGUACCUCACCUGCGCGCUCCUCGCCUGGCAGCAACUCGGGCACAAGGGCGCUGACAGCCUCUACCAAUUUGUAGAAGAAAAUCGGGGAAAAUUAGUUUGCAAAGAUAACAAAAAAUCUAAUUUGGAUAAAAUUGACACUACUAACACAGCAGGGCCUUCUUCGAAACCAAUUGAAUAUGUCGCAAGCCACGAAAAAAAGGUUUCUAAAAACACAGAACUUUCAUGUUUUGACACUAUCUCUUCAAUGGGAACUGUAGUUAAAUUGCCAGUGGAAACGAAAAUUGUUAUGCACGUGGAAAAUUCUCAUAUUUGUUCUCAUCACAAUGCGAAAAAAACACAAAAAGUAACACUAGCACCAGCACCUAAACCUCAAAAUGAUACAUUGAACAAAGUAGAUGCUGCGUGCUGUUUGGAUACAGCCUGCUUACAACGUUUGACAGAGCUCGACACAGCGGUUAACGAGCUGCGGAGUCGAGCAGCAAAACUUGCGCGACGCGAGGCGGAGAGAGUCGAAUUAUUAGAACGAGCCGAGGCAGCUUGGAAAGAUUUAGAACUUGGAUACCAGCGACGUUUAAAUUUAGCCCAAGAAAAAGAAGAUGAUAUUGCAAAACAAAUUAAAGAUACUAUAGAAGAAAGGAACAAAUACAAAAAUGCCUGCACUAGUUUGGUUGAUAUUUUAAAAGAACACGGAGGUAUUGCGGAGAAGGAAAAAGCUCAUUUAACAACGGUGGAGAAAGAGUUGUGCGAGCGAGCGUGCAUGCGCCUGCAGCUCAGCGAGGAGUCAGCUCGGCAUGAUGCGGCUCUAGCGGAACAGUUGUGCCGGAUCACGCAGUUAGAUAGGGAUUUACUGAUAGUAUUUUUGGUUAACACGAUCGAUCGUUUAGGAACAGAGAAGAUG